AUGUUAUUCAGCUCUUCAACUGAGAGGCUGCUGGCGGAAAAAAGAUCCUUUAAACCGGCGCAAACUAUUGCUCCAACCUCCAGUCCACCUGGUGGCGGCAGUGCGACAACAGUUCAGUUUGCGAGCCGACAAAAAGAAGAAGACGGAAAUAGUAGUUUGUUCAACAAAUGUUUCCGGGCCGACGUUGUUUUGAGUGAAAAGCUCGUGGAAAUUGUGGUUGAUUCGCGUUAUAAUAACGACCCCCCUUUCGGCUUCAUCGUGGAGAGCACAAUGGCUGUCCCAGGUCCUAAUAAGGACAACAUCCGAGCUGGGUGUAAGAAAUGUGGAUAUCCGGGCCACUUGACCUUCGAGUGCCGGAACUUUGUCAGAGUUGACCCCCAGAAGGACAUUGUUCUGGAUGUAAGUAGCACCAGCAGCGAGGAAAGUGAAGAGGACGACGUGCCUGCAGCUCAGGGCAACGAGAAGCUGGGGCGAAGUCGAGGUUCCCGUCAUAAUGAAAAUGAUGGUAGAAAAGGGAGACACAAACGGAAGAAGAGCGGUGACAGGAAGUCCAGAAAGAGAUCUAACUCGUCGAGUGAUGAGGCUACAAAGAAAAAAAAGAAAUGCAGCAGUUCCCACUCCUCAUCUGAUGAAGAGGAGAGGGGGAAGAAAAAGAAAGUGAAAAGUCGGAAGAAGAAAAGCAAAAAGACCAAAAAGGAACAUGGGAAGCAGCAGAAGAAGAGACAGAAGAAGAGGAAACAAGAAUCCUCCUCUUCUCCGUCUGCUUCUUCCAGCUCUGGUGGAUCCUCAGACAAUGGCUGAGACUGUACAGUGUCUGGAGGUCCAAUAUGUUUAUUCUCCAGUCCAUGAAAACGUUGUUUUGCAGAAAUUGUGUCGAUAAGGCACCUCAUAAAGGAUUUAAAUGAUGACUUAGUCCAAAAAUACCGUAGAGUGCAUUGCAUUUUUUUGGGGAUGCGCUAACUGACACAUUUUGGAAAGUAUGUUUGAAGCCAGGGGACUUGUUCUGUGAUUGUGUUUCUUUGUCCUUCCACUGUCAUUUUUCAUUUGACAGUGUUUGUUGAGUGCAGAGGAAUCUUUAAUACACAUGGGGCAGUCUCUUGUCAUACACUGAAGAAAAUCCAGAAUAUCUUUAGUAAUACUUUUCCAGAUGUUGUCCUGUAGUUGUUGCUUUUUUUUUUAUACGUGUUCCUGUUUCAAUGUCUCUUUUAAAAAAAAAAAAAUGUACCCAAUAAUAUUUUAAAGGGGUCAAAUGUGAAUCCCAAACAUGGAUAACUUGGCCAAGAAUAACAAUCACUAAAACUAAUUGGCAUAUUUUGUCCCAGUGCUGACAGUUGAACUACUUGCUCAUUUCAGGAGACAAAAAGGAGUUUAGGUCUUUCCGUUUAUGAAUGCCUAAAUGUUUAUAUUGUACUUUUGCGCGGAUGGAUUUGUAUACAAUGAAACUCCUGGAGGUACCUGUGAGAUUAUGUGGCUGCUAUUGUUGAAGAAUGGCUAUUUAACCACAAACACUUUGUUAAACAUAUGGUCAUUUCAAAAUCUCAUUCCGAUAUAAUAUUGUGUGUACAUUUUGGGGUUGUCGACAACUGAACCUCUUGAUACAGCUUUGUUUAUUUCCUAUGGGCAGUAUACCAUUCCUUCGGUUUUUCUUUCCUUGGUCCUCUCUAUUAACUGUACUUUUAUUAUAGUAAAAUAUAUAUUUGUAUCUC